UCAAGAGACGAAAACAUGCGUGAAUGUAUCUCUGUCCACGUUGGCCAAGCUGGAGCUCAGAUAGGCAAUGCAUGCUGGGAGCUCUACUGCCUGGAGCAUGGUAUCCAGCCGGACGGUCAGAUGCCCAGCGACAAGACCAUUGGAGGUGGAGAUGACUCCUUCAACACCUUCUUCAGUGAGACUGGAGCUGGCAAACAUGUUCCCAGAGCUGUCUUUGUGGACUUGGAGCCAACGGUCAUCGAUGAAGUCCGCACAGGAACCUACCGCCAGCUCUUCCACCCUGAGCAGCUGAUCACCGGAAAGGAAGAUGCAGCCAACAACUACGCCCGAGGUCACUACACCAUCGGCAAGGAGAUCAUCGACCUGGUUCUUGACAGGAUUCGUAAACUGGCUGACCAGUGCACAGGGCUUCAGGGUUUCCUCAUCUUCCACUCCUUUGGAGGAGGAACAGGCUCUGGCUUCACCUCUCUGCUGAUGGAGCGUCUCUCUGUAGACUAUGGCAAGAAGUCCAAGCUGGAGUUUGCCAUCUAUCCAGCCCCCCAGGUGUCUACAGCCGUGGUGGAGCCCUACAACUCCAUCCUGACCACCCACACCACCCUGGAGCACUCUGAUUGUGCCUUCAUGGUGGACAACGAGGCCAUCUACGACAUCUGCCGCAGGAACCUGGACAUCGAGCGUCCCACCUACACCAACCUCAACAGGCUGAUUGGACAGAUUGUCUCCUCCAUCACAGCCUCCCUGCGCUUCGAUGGAGCCUUGAAUGUGGACCUGACAGAGUUCCAGACCAACUUGGUGCCCUACCCACGUAUCCACUUCCCUCUGGCCACCUACGCCCCAGUUAUUUCAGCAGAGAAGGCCUAUCAUGAGCAGCUGUCAGUAGCAGAGAUAACCAACGCCUGCUUCGAGCCGGCCAAUCAGAUGGUGAAAUGCGAUCCUCGCCAUGGUAAGUACAUGGCCUGCUGCCUGUUAUUCCGUGGUGAUGUGGUGCCAAAAGACGUCAACUCUGCCAUCGCCACCAUCAAAACAAAGCGCACCAUCCAGUUUGUGGACUGGUGCCCCACAGGCUUCAAGGUGGGCAUCAACUAUCAGCCUCCCACUGUGGUUCCUGGAGGAGACCUGGCCAAGGUGCAGAGGGCUGUGUGCAUGCUGAGCAACACCACCGCCAUAGCCGAGGCCUGGGCUCGACUCGACCACAAGUUUGACCUGAUGUACGCCAAGAGGGCAUUCGUCCACUGGUACGUAGGAGAGGGGAUGGAGGAGGGAGAGUUCUCAGAGGCCAGAGAAGACAUGGCUGCACUGGAGAAGGAUUAUGAAGAGGUGGGAACUGACAGCAUCGGGGAUGAAGGAGAGGAAGAGGGGGAGGAAUAUUAAGUGUGAAAUGACCAAACAAAACCAACACUAAUUGGGUUCUUUUUAGGUCUGAGUAUGCUCCAAACAAACUAGGUCAUACAUUGGUUGUCCGACCACAUCCAUAGGCAAAGAUAUAACCUGUUCCACCCCAAUUCUGCUGCAGGAAAGGGAGUUUUAGUUACUGCUGGAUGACCCAAAAACCCCUUUAUUUGAAGAAUACUGAAGCUUUUAUGCCAUUCAUGUCCAUUGCCCUAUGGCAUCAAGAUUGUGUAAAAGUACAUUUAAUGACAUAUUAAGGAUUAUUUUUCACUGUGGUCUGAUUGGAAGUUCUGUUAAAAUGCUAAUAAAUGUUUUGUCCCUGUAGGUACUCAGAUUCCUUCUGUUCUUUGUCUCCUUCCUGUGCAAUGCUGUAUAACAACAGGAUUCUGUUC